AUGAAUCGUCAACAAAUAUCAGAACAAUUAAAAUUAAUGAUAACUGAAUUACCACCAAAAUUACAAGAACGUUUUGAAAAAGAUGAUCUAAUAGAAAAAUUAAUAACAAUAUCGUUGGAUAAAAAUAUAUUUGAUAUUGUUAAUAAUCUUCAAGAAACUCAAGCACGGACUGAAAAAACUUUAUUUAAUGAACGACAAAAAAUAAUUAAACAAGCUAAAGAACAAGAAACUGAUCUUACUCGAAAACAUUCAGAAGAUGAAGCUCGUUGUGCGGAUAGACCACAACAUUUAAAUCUACUUCAAGCAGCAAAUAAACGCGAAUAUGAAGCUUUUGUUAAACGAGUAGCUGAUGAACAACAACGUUUUGAUAUGAAAAUAGUUUUAGAUCUUGAUCAAAAAAUGUUAGAACAACAAACAAGAUUAGAAAAAGCUGGUGUAUCGUGUAUGCAUGCUACAAAUAAACCGCAAGAUGUACGUCUACAAAUGUUUAUUAUCGAGUUUAUUCAACGAAUAGGAAAACAGCAACAUAUUUCUUCUAUAACAGAAAAUUCUAAUUAG